AUGUUUCUGGGCAAGCUGCCACCCCUCUGGUUAAACUCAUCCCAGCGUUUUCAACCCCGGCGUCAGACACUCCAGCGCCUGCUGCUCCUGGCUCCGGCUGCCCCAGAAUCACCUGCUACAGUGUCCCCUGCCCCAGAUCCACCUGUCCCAGAAUCACCUCCUCCAGUGUCCACUGUCCCACUUUCACCUGUCCCAGUGACUGUUGCGACAGCGAUCGCAGUGAGAACAGAACCUGAACCUGAAGAAGAACCUAAAUCAGCACCAGAGCCAGAGCCAGAACCAGAGCCAGAACCUGAGCCAGAACCAGAGCCAGAACCAGUUGCAGCUGUGGAACCAGAGCCAGAGCCAGAACCAGUGGCAGAGCUGGAACCAGAGCCAGAGCCAGAACCAGAGCCAGAACCAGAGCCAGAGCCAGAGCCAGAACCAGUGGCAGAGCUGGAACCAGUGGCAGAGCCAGAACCAGAAUCUGAACUGUCUCCAAAGCCAAGCUCCAGAGUUGAAACACUCGCCGCCAUGUACGAAAAUCUCAUCCCUUUCGACACGAGUUCAACCAGCGUCAAGGAUGAUGAGCCAGAGCUGGCAAAGGAAGAAGGAGGCUCAGCGGACAGCCGCGCCGCAGAGAACGGCAGUGUUGAACAGGAGCCAGCUCCAGCACUCAGCAACAAUGAACCGCUAACAGACGAUCUCCUGUCUCUCAAUGAUGGUCCAGAGGAGUCGGCAACAGAGGCGGCGCCCGUUCCCCCCAGCCCAGGACGCUGGAGUCAGGAUCUGCUCGGCGGACUAGACAGCGAGACAGAGCCAGCCAAGACCGGCGGCGCCCUGGAUCUCCUGGCUAAUGAUGUCAUUUUAAUCAACACAGAGGCACGCAGCCUCAGCACGCAGCGAGAGGAGGAGAAGCAGACAGAUGAGACAGCCAAAGAAACACAAAGCCCCACAGAGACAGUCACUAUAACCACCAAAACUGUGAUCAUUACUGACAAAAGUGAAGAGGACAGUGCAGAUCCCUGGAGCUCACAUGUGACAACUACAGUCACUGAAUCAAGCUCGGCUGAUCCGUUUGAUCCAUAUCCGAUAGGGACCACAUCCCCUAACAGCUCCUCUGACCUGCUCCAACCCCUCACAGAUAUUUCCAUCAACAGUGCAUCAACCACAUUCAUGGAGACCAAAGAUCCAAGUCCAGACACAAAUAUGAGUGGCAGUGCGUUGAAAUCCCUCGCAGAUGACGUCAUCCCCAUCAACACCGACACCACAAGUUUCAGCACUCACCGGUCAUGGGCACGCUCAUGGGACACCGGCACACCUCAGCAGGCUAACACAGAGGAGAGCCAAGAGCCUGAACCAGAAGGCCAAACUGAAGGUCAAGAGACGCUGAUCAUGUUUGAGAGGAAGUCCACUGAAAAUGACUCCCCAUGGGACAGGUGGACAUCGCCCACUGUAUAUACUAUCAAAUCCACUACAGGAGAGGAAGAGGGAGAAGAAGAAGAGGAGGAGGAGGAGGAAAGGUAUUGCUGCCGUGGAUGAGCUCAUUAAAUGCAUAUUAAAGCACUUUUAUUUUUUUCUACCAUUUUAGCAGGAUGUGAUUAUAGCUCCUUAAAAUGCAGCGGCUGUCAACUAUUUAAUUGAAAGCGAGCUAAAUACAAGUUCCUCACGGCUCACUCAGAGAAUAAUCAACUUCCUCUCAAUGUGUUAUUUUUCACUUUAAUACUGUCACUGUUUUUCAUCUGUGCUGCCAGACUUAUUGUAAUGCAGGAAUGUCCUCUGUUUUGUAGCCCUGAGGAAUACACAGUCGCAGACAGUCACAACCAUCACCACUAUCAGAGAGAUACACAGCGAGCCCGAGCCUGCUAUGGAUCGUCAUGAAACCUAUUCCAGCACUGUGAUAGAAGAGGACCGGCCGUGUCCAAACACCAGAACCUGAGACCAAAAAGGGGUUUGUAUAUGUGAAGGAGUAUGUCAAUGCAACAGAGCUGUCCUUGUAUAACGCCACGGACUCGACUGAUCGUGGGUCAGAUUAUUUGACAUCAAGUUCUACCAGUUACUCAUACAGCAGCCCCUCUACUUACUCCAGUGGCUCGCGGACAUCCACCUGUACAUACUGCGGAGAGCAGGUGGGCAAUGACGCCAAGAUCACCAUUGAGCACCUCAAUAUCAACUGUCACCCUGCCUGCUUCAAGUGUGCUGUGUGUAGUAGGCCUAUGGGAGACCUUCUCUACAGUAUGUUCCUCCAUGGUGGAAAAGUCCACUGCGAGAGCUGCUACUCCAAAGCUUUGGACUGAUUAUCAAAGCUCUUCAGCAGCCUCUUAUCCUCGUCCCCUUCCCUCCAUGUUCAUUUGCAUAUAAAGUGAGAAACUGGUCUUUUGCAAAGUUCGGACUGUGUUCAGUCUGAACUUUGCUGUGGUUUUGGGUGCUCAAAGAGACUGCUAUAGUGAACAAUACCAUUGCUUAAUGUUGAUUCUUACAUUAGGUCACGUUUCUAAUUUCUCAAACAUGUUUAACAAGCUUGUGUUGUUGUUGUUGUUGUUGUUUUUUCCUGGUGGUGAAAGCUGUAUCUGCCUCAGUAGACUAUGAAGGAUAUGUCUGUACAACAUGAUGCGCUACAUGUAACUGUGAACAGACUAAAACUGGCAAGUGGGAUACAAUGUUAUAAUUUAGCAACAAUAGUUAUGCAAGAAAAUUACUUUGUUACAAAAUGUUUACUUCCUUUGUUCUUGAUACAAAAUAGUGUGUUCACAAUGUAUGAUGCUUUGUUAACAAAAUAAAAUGAUUUAUAUGA